AUGUCCUCCUGUCCUGAUUAUUCUCUGAUUUCCAUUGCCAAACAAUACGGUAUGGAGGUAGUCGCAGCUGACAAGAGUCCCCAGCGUGCGGUUACUCUUCCGUUUGUUCGUUUUGAACCAAUCACACUCCUCACCGAUGAUCAAGUGGCCUUAUUUUCCGAGCAAAUCAAAAUGAUCUGUAGCGAUUUGGACGAAUUGCUCAGUUUCGACUUUGAACAAUUUUGGUGUCAGAUGUUGUAUAAUAAAUCAUUAUAUAGCUGUCUACAUUCUGUCCUCAGUUGGACUCCUCGGGGACUACAAGCAGACCUACUGCCUGAAACCUGUCGUGAAGACUACCACAAUUUGCUCGCUUUGAUCUUAACGGUACUUUCAAAGGCUAGUCUAUCACAAGAGUCGGAGGUAUGUUUUCGAAUUAGUUCAUCCGGUAAUCUUGGCACGCAGAGCGAGUUUAUAUCAAAAAACAAAUUUGGUGAACUAAUUUACGAACAUUAUGUGUUUGACAUGCCUCUACUAAUGGACAUAUGUGCUGUGUAUUUUCAUUUAUCAACGAAUGAUAUCAUUGAGAUUGUGGACCGUGUAUUCACUUAUCAGGAGCUGUAUUUGAACGAUUUAAAGAAAACCUUGUUCAUGCUGGGUGAAAUGUUUGAACGUUUGGAGCGUGAAAUUAACGCUCCGGAGAGGCUGACGGGAUUUGAUCGUUUGCAAGAUCUAACCGCAUACGUCGGGGAUAUCUGUUGGUCUUUGUUUACAUUUUUCAAUGUUCUUUCCCAGUUGAGUUCUUCCUCACCAUCUGAUUUGUGCUUUGGCGGUGCCAUGCAUGAAAAGUAA